ACACCGCUAUUCUAUGCUGUAUCAAACAAUCGGGACAGUGUUAUGGAGAUUCUCCUGGACUCAGGAGCAAGCCUGCAAGCCCAAGAUGUAUUAGGGAAAACGCCACUGUGCGUUGCCGCCGAGAAGAAAGUCGAGGCACCUCUUAGGCUUCUACUCCAGCGCGGUGCAGACCCAAAUGCACAAGAUACCCUCGGACGAUCCCCGCUGCAUUGGGCAGCAAGCAAAGGAUAUUCCAAGGGAAUCAAAAUCCUCUGUGAAAAUCACGCGGAUCUAAAUCUGCAAGACCAAUACAAGCGGACACCUCUGCUCACUACAGCUGCAGCUGGAUCCUAUGAGUCCGUCAAGAUUCUAUUGUCU